CUUAGACACAAACACCACCCGCCUGUCCGACUCCUGCUCCCCCGGAUUAAACGCACCUACAGACCAGAGACCGACACCUGAGAGUCCAGGAUGGAGACGCUGCAGAUCUUCAUGCAUCUGAGUGUUUUUAUCUCCAUGGUUUCAGCUGAGCCGGUGGACGAACCCGUCACCUACUCAUGCACAGAGGGCUACGAGUUCAACACUGAAGAUCAGGAAUGUAAAGACAUCAACGAGUGCGUCACGCUGCCAGACGCCUGUAAAGGAGGGAUGAGCUGCAUCAACCACUACGGAGGAUACUUCUGUCUGCCUCAGAACGCUCAGAUCAUCAUCAACGACGGAGAGGAAGAGCCCGCCCCCCCGACCACCCGCCCACCCCCUCCACGCUUCAUCCCCCUCCCCGCUGCACGCGGUCACCACGGCAACUACCAGACCACCGGCAACCAGGCCAGGCUGAUGUCCGUCCAGUGUCCGAUCGGUUUCACCACAGACGAGUUCAACAUCUGCCGUGAUGUGAACGAGUGCGUUCCCAGCAGCCCCUGCCAACACCUGUGCUACAACCUGCCAGGAUCCUUCCUGUGUCGGUGCGAUCGGGGCUACGAGCUGACCUCAGACCAGCUCAGCUGCCACGACAUGGACGAGUGCCUGCUGUCCACCUACCUGUGUCAGUGGCGGUGCGUGAACCAGCCCGGCUCCUUCAGCUGCAUCUGUCCUGAAGGAUACCAGCUGCAGGGAACACGCAUGUGCCAAGACAUUAACGAGUGCGAAACGGGACCGAGCUGCCCUGAGGACCAGAUGUGUUGGAACUACUUUGGAGGUUUCCGCUGCUAUCCCAGAAACCCCUGCCAGCAGCCCUACGUCCAGACCGGAGAGGGGCGCUGCAGCUGUCAGUCAGUGAGCGCGUGCAGCGGACUGCCGCCCUCCAUCGUCUACAAGUACAUGAGCAUCACGUCGGAGCGCUCGGUGCCGGCCGACAUCUUCCAGAUCCAGGCCACCAGCGUGUUUCCCAGCAUGCACAACACCUUCAGGAUCAAAGCCGGCAAUGAGGACGGACAGUUCUUCCUCAGGCGAUCCAGUAACGUGAGCGCCAUGCUGGUGAUGACGCGGCCUCUGAUUGGUCCCAGGGAGCACGUCCUGGACCUGGAGAUGGUGACGCAGAGCCCGGCUCUCAGCUAUCGCUCCAUCGCUCUGCUGCGCCUCACCAUCAUCGUGGGACCGUACGCCUUCUAGAAACGCGCCUCUUUACGGGAUUCUGCUUCCAGGACUGGUCGGACCCGACGUGUUUCUUUCAGUGGAGCUCAGACUCAGCCGAGCAGCUUUCAGAGGCUCUCAGGAUGAGUGGCUCCGUUUCAGCCUCGUUUCCUCUCUCGGUAUUUCAGGUGUCAGGUGUAUCAGAUAAAAUCCAGGUGAGACUUUGUCUCUUCUUCUUCCUGUUUUCAUAAUAUCAUCUGUAUGAGUAAGAUCUUUAUUCCGUGUCUGUACAAUGAAUCUGUGCAGCUCAGUCAUUCCUAAUA